GUAAUAUCUCAUCUUUUCAGGGGGCCAGAACUCCUCGCGACGUCCCUGGACGUAGUAACGGUUAGUCGUCGAGACAAAGUUGUGCUGUUGAACUCUCUUCCUUUGUGAAUUAAAUUACAAGUUAUUUGGGGGGAAAGGAGCAUUAUUUACUGUAAAACCAGCUUAAAACAGCUACUACACGACAAUGUUUAGUGUCAGUAGCACUCACUGCUCCCUGUCACCGGGGAGGGGGCAGGACGGAGCGAAGAGGGGAGUGACUUUCUUUCAAAAAUAGUACACUUCAUUAGGGGCAGUAACCGGUACACCAGCAGCGGUGAGCGGUGUGGAGGGUGUGAAACAUGGUUUGCUACGGAGAUAAAUAACGGGACCGGGGCGGUUUUAUUUCAACCAAAGUGAAAGCAUUAAGAAACACGGUGCAAAGAAGAAGCGGACACUUCCAGAGAGGAGGACCUGAGCUGCAGCGAGCUGAAGUCAGUGCCACACGUUUCAGUGUUGAUGUCGGUAUUUGGACACGAAUACCUGCUGAAAAUCAUCCCGUACCCCCUCGCCUGCCUGACGCCCCUGUCUGCAUUGGUGCCAUUGCUGUGUUGCUUCUUCGGUCACUCUAAACUUUAGACGUCCAUUGUUGAAGCUCCUCUGUCCUGUGUGACCCCCUGACACAGAGAGGAUGGUGAUGGAGGAGGGGGGUCAGAGAGACAGAGGGAGGGGGGCUCUGGGGACAGCAGGAGCAGAGGGAAGACAAAUCUUCAACGAACUUGGUGAACAGAACUUUGAUGCCAAUUGUCUCUCCACGUAUCGAACAGCCUGCAAACUCAGAUUCAUACAAAAGAGAUGCAACCUGCACCUAGUAGACAUAUACCAUGUGAUUGAGGCCGUGCGAGAUGCUGGUUUGAACGCUGUGGAGCUACACGCUGGCAUCUCUGUGAUCAGAUUAGAGAACCUGGUGUCCUCCCUGUUCAACCAGCUCAGCAAGCGCCUGCCCACCACACACACCAUCAACCCCCGAGAGAGCUCUGUCCUGUUGGUCCAAUUCUUACUUGCUGCUAUUGACAGUGAGCCAGACAGCCGUCUGACAGUGCUCUCUGUGAAGGCAAUGCUGGCCACGCUGUGUGGAGGGAAACUGGUGGAUAAACUCCGCUAUGUGUUUUCUCAGGUAUCAGACUCCAGCGGUGUUUUGGAUCAGUCCAAGUUUGAUGGAUUCCUAAGGGAGGCUCUCAAGCUGCCCACUGCUGUACACGAAGGACCGUCCUUUGGCUACACACACACUUUAGCACGCUCAUGCUUCCCACAACAGAAGAGGGUGAUGCUCAACAUGUUCCUGGACGUCAUUGCUGACCCACCACAGUGUCUUGUCUGGCUGCCUCUCAUGCACCGCAUGGCUAACGUGGAGCAUGUCUAUCAUCCCGUCACCUGCUCCUUUUGUCGAGGCAACGGCAUGACCGGCUUCCGCUACCGUUGCCUCCGUUGCCGUGGUUACCAGCUCUGCCAGGACUGCUUUUGGCGUGGCAACGCCAGCGGCUCUCACAGCAGCCAGCAUCAGAUGAAGGAGCACUCAUCCUGGAAGUCGUCUGCCACAAAGUUUGGUCGAGCCCUGAGCAGGACUCUGGGCUGUGUGUCGUCCAGAGAGCCACCUCAUCCGAUUUUCCCAGAGGAACCUGAGAGGACCCUCAACCUCGCCAACAUAGUCCCCACUCGCCCCCUUGGAAACAGCGGUGAGGCCAUGCUGUCUUCAGCAGCCCCAGAGUCCUCCAAAAGUUUGGCAACUGCUCAGCGUAUGAACGAGGAACACGCUCUGAUCGCAGCGUAUGUGAAUCGCCUCCAGAGCAGCCCAAGUAGUGUAGACAGUCCCAGCAGACAAGAUGAGGAGCACAAACUGAUCGCCCGCUACACCUCCCGACUGGCAGAGACUGACAGCUCUGGAGUGAUACCAAACCGGAGCAUCAACUUUGACGUGAACAAACAGAAGAGGGAGCUCAUCGCUCAGCUGGAGUGCAAAAACAGAGAGAUCUUGGCAGAGAUCAAACGUCUCCGCGCUCAGCAUGACGCAGCGUGCCAGGCCAGCCCAGAGAAAGGCACCACCAACCCGACUCUGCUCGCCGAGCUCCGUCUGCUCAGACAAAGGAAAGAUGAGCUGGAGCAGAGGAUGUCGUCUCUGCAAGAGAGCAGGAGGGAGCUGAUGGUACAGCUGGAGGGACUGAUGAAGCUGCUCAAGGAUGAGGAACAGCGACAGGCAGCGCAGGCGGCUGGCUCUUCUCACGCCUCUCCUUCCCGACCGAGUCCGUCAACCGUCCGCUCUGUGGGUGCUGCAUCUCCCCACGUUCACAUGUAUUCUCCUCAAGACUCCCUCGCUGGAGUAGGGGGUGACGUCCAAGAAGCUUUUGCCCAAGGCCCGAGAAGGAACCUGAGGAAUGACCUCCUGGUAGCAGCUGACUCCAUCACCAACACUGUGUCCUCUCUGGUCAAAGAGCUCCACUCUGAUGAUGUUCGAGAAGAGGAGGAGAGACUGCUGAAUGGGAAGGACAGAGCAGGUUAAAAUGAUCGCAGGACAAGCUAAGACGAGUGAAGUUCCAUCACGGCCAAAGAAGACUGCCCCCUGCUGGAAUAACAUCAUAGCUUAAAUUUAUCGUUAGCCAAUGGGGAUUAGAGCUCCACCGCCAAUCAACCAAUCACGAUGCUGGACACCAAAUGACCGCUGGGUCCCCUACUGAUGUAUAGCUGUGAUUCUGUGUGUAUGUCUUGUCACUGUGGUUUGACUCUUUGUUUUUGAUUUGAUCAUGCAUAGCUGAAACCUACUGAUCUGUACUGUAGCAUGUGCGUGUGUUUGUGUGCGCUCUGCAUUUUUAAAGCUCGAGUAGGUGAGAGGGACGUUGUAAAGAGAGUGAAAGUUGCUUUUAGGAAACUUGUGGAGGGUAAAAGAGCAGGAAGGUUUUAUGAUGGAUGUUCAGGAUGUCGCCAUAUUGAAGAGAAAAGUUAAGAAAGAACAGAAGGAAGUCAAAAAGACGAGAAGUGAGUUGUAACGUUAUAAGUUUCGGCACUGUGUGCUUAGUAUUUAUUGCUUUGAUUUGAUUUGGGCUGUUUAUUCUUUUUGGUUUAAAUAUUUUUGUGAGUGUGGUCAGACCCUGCUGAGAUGAUAAGCUUUAAUGGGAAGUUUCCUAUCUCCGCCCUCUGGCUGAGGCGAUGCAGGGUGGAGAGUUAAAGUCUCAGUUGUACUCCAGGUGUCUGAGCCCUGGGUGAGAUUUGUACCCUAGGUGCUGUUAUGAUCGCAGCUCAGGUUGUCCAGGCUUCUCUGUGUAUCUCGGUACUGCGGCGGGACUCCUGUCAAAGAGGAGAUAUCUCAUUACUGUUGUGUUUUAGUGUGUGUGUGUGUGUGUGUGUGCAUGUGUGUGUAUGUGUGUGGGAGAGAAUAUAAAAAAUGUUGGCUUCUACAGGGUCUGUGUUACAACAGAGUAGCAAAGUUGUAGGAGGAAUUGGGUCCAGAAGUUUUUUGAGACAUUUUUUGAGGGUCAGUUUACCAAAAUUUCCCAACCUGACUGUCCCAAUAUAAAACAGUAAGAAUAAGAAAGAGGAGACGUGUAACCAAAUAUAAUUUUUUUUCCCUCUGCCUUUUCGCUCCUUUUUACCAUUCUUGUGAAAUAUUUUGGAACAUCACAUCUCCAGGGGUGUGUCCUGCAGAGUAAGAUUUGCGUUUAUGGAGGUUACUUCAGGAUUAACUCAGCAAAUGCAGCUUUGUUCAUUUUAGUCUGGACUACGUUAUCAAUAUUUACAUAUUUCCUCAAUAUCAUAGUUUGCUCUGAGUUUGCAUGAUAUGAAUAUCUGCUGACAGCAAUCUUGCUCAUGUCUGUGAUUGAUCAUAUGUAGCUCUACCCUGUUCAUAUGAACACACUCACAGUAAGUAACCCUGAUUGAUUUAUCAGGUUGAUAACCAGCUUCAUGUCACCACUUGCCGUGAUCUCCUUUGUCAAGGGUAAGCUAGAAAACCAAAAGAUACCCAGGGUAUGUUGAACUCACUUCGUAGUAUAGGCCCCUGGACUCAAAAAAAGAGGCUUAUUUGGAUACAUUUUAAUACAACAACAAAUAUCGAGGGAUAAAAUGUAGACUGAGACCCUUUUUUUUUUUCCUAGACCAAAAGUGGAAAAACAAAAAGUAUAGAAUAAGUAAUCUUGAUCUUUUGGAGGCAGAUAGUUCAAACAAGAUAAAAGCCUAGGAGCUCAGGGAGAGAGAAGAGCACAAAAUCCCCUAAAUUAAAAGCAGCCUACAAUAUGCAAAAUGUGAAAAAAAAGUCCUCAUAUAUUCACAUUUUCAUGACGAUCUUUUCACUUAUGUCCAAACUGACAUGGAAAUAAGUAGCAAUCCAACCAGUCUGUGUCUAAGAGAUGACAUCAAGAAAAAGUUCCACAACUUCACUUCUAGUAAAUGUGAUUAAUCUAUAAAGGAACCACUGCUCAAAUUAAGCAGCUCAUUCAUCCAUUUUUCUAAAUGUCUGCAUCUAUUAUUUUCCUCCAAAUGUACGAUAUACUGUCAUGAACAGCUUUGUAGUGCUAGAAGCAAAGUAACGGGACUUUCAGCAUGUAAAUUAAGAGUGGACUGUUUUUUUUUUUAAAUCCUAAAACAAUGAGGUGAUAACUAUUAUUCGGGUAAUAUGAAUGCUCAGGUUCUGGUAAGAUCACAUUGAAUUAAUUAACCAAAAUUGUGUUCCAAACUCAUUAAUUGCUUUGACGUAGACAUCUAUAGGAUUAUGAGUUUCCCCGCCCCCAAAAAGGGGUGUGGCUUUGGAGUCCUCUGAAGUACCUCUGUGAGCUCUUAGAGAGUUUUUGACAAAAACCCAGCAAGUGAAAUAAAUCUGAGCUGUAAAAAUAUUAAAGACAUUAUUUUGUUAUUGGCCACAUAACAAAGUUGCUGAGUCCAACCAAAUUUGAUUCCGACUUAAAUUGAAUUUGAGGCUUUGUGAGAGGAUCUGGGGGGUUCCCCUUGACCUUUAUACUUUGCAUAAAAAUAAUUGAUUUUCUUUGGAACACUGCCCACACAGCAUCACUUGUCAUCCUUUGCUACUCUUUGAUUCCUACCUAGAUUUCUGUGAAAAUGUAGGAGUCAAAAAUCUCUGUGGUUGACGACUACAAAGAGCACCCAAAAAACUUUCAGACUGAUGCUCUGUAUGCAAAUCAAACACGACCCAAAGUGACUAGCGGAGCCUGUUUCAGUCUAUGUAGGUUGAUUUUCAUGUAACAGAUGUGAGGAAAUAUCAUCAGAAGAUGUUCUUUAGCUUUUCUAGGUUUGGUUGGUGUUCUUUGGAAGCUGUUCUUAAAUGUUUUGUACAUUGUAUGGUUCAGAUGGACAGUUGUAUUUGUCUUUUAAGAGUCCACCAGCCCUACAUGUUAUGACUGCCUGCUUAUAACAUUUAAAGUCAGAGGAUGAUUGACAGACUGAGUGAGUGAUUUAAGAAAUGACUGAGCCCAUGUUUCCGUGUGUGUGAGUGAAAGAGAGUUAGACAAAUCAAGACUGACAGGAUAGACGCGUCCUAACAUGAAACUGUUAACAGCUUCAGCUCUGAGUCUGUUAGAGCUGACAGUUUAAGUGAGAAGUAUUGAUGUAUCUGUUUUAUCUGCAAUAAAUAAUAUUUAACAACAAA